AUCCAGUGGUGUAGGUGAGGUUAGGUGUGUGUUGGCGAGGUGUGUGUAGGUGAGUGUUUAGGUAUAUUUCAAAACGUGUGACUACCGUAAUCGAAUUAUUGCACAGUACAAUACCAUACUUAAGAAAAUCAUUUCAACAUAAUUGUUACAGGAUAUAUCUAAAGUACAGGUGUAUAUAAAAAAAGUACGGUGUGGUUUAAGUCAACAUCACACUAUUUGAAUUUAACCAGAGUAUUGAACAUCCACUCCAGAGAUAUUGCAAGGUUCAGUCCUUAUUGGUUGUUGAUUCAGGACAUUACAUGGAAAUGUAGAAUUUCUACUCCACUGCCACGACUGUCAAAUAAGAUGUACUCUGCCACCAACCGGUGCACUCCGACUUAAUCUGACCGUGGACAUUUUAAUUUGCUUUUGCCACGUUUGAAAAGACUUCUUCGAACGCACACGACCGUGACUGCCACUGGUUUAAUCACACGGCAAUCUCUUGUCUUGGAUCAGACUUGGUGGUGGAUGUGGCACGUGUCACUCUGCCAAGGGCGCUCUUAGGCACUGCAAGAUGGGUCUGCUUGGCAUAUGAACUUGCAGUCCAGCCCGACCACUGCUGUCUCUGCUUCAGCCGGCAUUUAAUUUGUGGCUCGCAAGUACAUAACACAAGUACAUGUCCCAGCCCUGUGGUGCUGUUUAUGUAAAUUGUUAUUGUCCAGCUCAAGAGUUGUAUUUAAUGGGUGGCUCUAGGCGCUGAAUGAAGUACAGCAUUUUAUUGUUCCUGUUUUGGAGAAUUGAGCCAGCAACAUUGUAUUAAAUCGUUGCACCGAAUCCCAGGCUCCCACAAAAGCUCACAACCACUUUGUAAUGAUCCCUGAUGUUCGUCCUCUGCAUCACCACGGAUGAGAAGAGUUAUAUUGUAUUAAAUAAACAAUGGCCUAUUUUGCCACAGACAUGACAGAAGUUGAAUACUGUAUUAUGGUUAUUUGCGCUGAAUCGGCCUGUCCGCGGUAGUGCUUAUGCGAAACAUUUUGCCGACAGUGUUGGAUAAAAGGUCUGGUUCUGCUGAUGAGACUCAAAACCAGACCAGAAUUGUUCUGCUUAAAUUAUUCUGGAAAACACUGCUUUAAACUGCCCAUAGGUAAAAAAAAACAUAGCACGGUUGGCCACGUGCUGCAAGAAGUUCAACAUACAGUACAUACAUUAGUUAGAAUAAACGUGUUUUUUUUUCCACUGGUGAGAAAGCAGCUCUUUUAACUACAUCAUUUGGUAUCACAAAAGGUUACUUUACAUGCUAAGACAUUAAUUAGAAUGCUGCACAGUAUUUUAUAGGCUUGUCAACAUGAUGAUAUUACAUUGUUGUACACAAUUAUGUGCUUGCUUCCACUUUGGCCUGGCAAGUAAUAUGUUCGUUUUAAGUGGUUAGCUUGUUGAGUUUUUAACUCUGCGACCAACGUUCGAUUCCCAGCCUUGGAUAACUUCAGUAUCAGAACCGGACUUGCCCUCUACCACUUCACCAACUCGCACGCAUCUGCGCAGUGAAGUAUGGUCAAAAAGCCCCAAUAACAGACAUGAUGAAGGGAAGGCCAUUCAUUGGUGGAUUGAGAAUGGCUGUAAUUACUUUUUAUGGUGCACUUAGCAGACUCAAUAGAUCUAUUACAGUAUUUUUUCCAGUAACUGAAAUGACCUUUUCCCUAUACUGUACCAUCGAGUGCAUUGCUGAUAAAUACAAUUUUAAACCGUUUUUCUGACCACUUAUUCAACCCUUAUGGCUGGGGACAGCCAAAUUAAAUAAACGCCAAUUUUACUACGUGGCAUAUUUCUGCAGUCUACAUACAAUAUUGCACUGUUCUUAUUGACUUAUAUGAACCCACUAAACUCCCAGCACUGAACGCUAUUGCAAUACCGAAUCCUGCACACUCGCAAUAAAUGUAUUCAUUGACACCUUGCGUGAAGGAGCAAAGCUUGAUAACAUAUUGUUGAAUCGGCAACAUUGCACAACCCUUGUGGGUUUUGGGCCAAAGUGCAUUGCCAUAAACGUAGAAAACCUUACGUUUGACCUUUGAGUUCUCCCUCCAAUAAUGGGAGAGUGUGUAUAGAUACUUUGAACCAAGGGAUGUGUUACACAGAAUGCCGUACCGUACUUAACGAGGUGCCAUUCAAAGUCCACACAGCCAGUGUCUCUGCUGAAUCGGGCACAGAAAAGGCAAAGUAUUUUUGAGAGAAACCUGCAGAGCGAGGUUCAGUUGGACAUGGACGAAGAAAUCCUGAAAUCCGACCUCAAAAAGUCGGGCUCACUGAAGACACAUGGUCAGGAGUUCACGCUUGACGGAGAGGCGCUGCACAUCCUCGGAGGAUCGGUGCACUAUUUCCGCGUGCCCCGGGAGUACUGGCGCGACCGGUUGCUCAAGCUCAAGGCGUGCGGCCUCAACACGCUGACCACAUAUGUGGCGUGGAACCUGCAUGAGCCGCAGCGGGGAGUGUUUGACUUCAGUGGGUCUCUGGAUAUUGGGGCAUUUAUUCAGCUGGCUAAAGAGUUGGACUUGCAUGUGAUCCUGAGGCCUGGACCGUACAUCUGUGCCGAGUGGGAUCUGGGAGGUUUGCCAAGCUGGCUUCUGGCAGACCCAGAUAUGAAAUUACGGACAACUUAUUCAGGAUUUAUAGAUGCAGUCGAUAUAUUUUUUGAGAAGCUCAUGCCAAGCGUGGCUCCCCUACAAUACACUUACGGUGGCCCCAUCAUUGCAGUGCAAGUGGAGAAUGAGUAUGGCGCUUAUGCCAAGGACACUGGCUACAUGGAAUCCGUAAAGCAGAUUUUGCUGAAACAUGGGAUCAUAGAGUUCCUGAUGACAUCAGACAACAAAGAUGGGCUCAGCCAAGGAGCAGUGGAUGGAGCUCUGUCAACUAUGAAUUUCAAGCAUUUUCAAAGGAGCUACUUUGAGCAUCUUGAUUCAGUUCAGCCAAAUCUUCCUAAAAUGGUCAUGGAGUUCUGGACGGGAUGGUUUGACAGCUGGGGGAACUAUCACAUGGUGUUCAAUGCUGAAGCACUGAUUGACAACAUGAAGAAGAUACUGGACCAGAAAGCAUCCAUCAACCUCUACAUGUUUCAUGGAGGAACAAACUUUGGAUUCAUGAAUGGGGCUUUGGAGUUGCCAUCAUAUCAACCAGAUAUCACCAGUUAUGAUUACGAUGCACCACUGUCAGAAGCUGGAGACUAUACACCCAAGUACAAGAAGAUAAGGCAACUACUGAUGACUCAGUUCAAUCUGAAACUCAUCGACCCUCCGCCACCUACACACAAGGCUGCCUACGGAAUAGUCGCCAUGAACGAAUACUUGCCUCUGUGGAGCUCCCUGGAGCUCGUUGGAAAGCCGAUACACUCUGCUCUUCCGAUGAACAUGGAGAAAUUCCCAAUCAAUGAUGGGAAUGGCCAGUCCUAUGGAUAUGCGCUCUACGAGACGAAAAUCCGUCAUGGAGGCUUGCUCAAGUCCAACUUGAACGUGCAUGAUCGGGCGCAGAUUUUUUUGAACUCAAAAUCUCAAGGAUUUCUUGACUACGUGAGGGUGUCUGCAGAUAUCCCAGAUGUAAAGGAAAAGUCGACGCUGAGUUUCUUGGUGGAGAACAGAGGCCGGGUCAACUAUGGGUUGAACCUUGACACUCAAAGGAAAGGAUUGACUGGAAACUUAACACUGGAUGAAAAGCCUCUGGAAGAGUUUAAAAUAUACCCGAUGGAGAUGAAACAAGAUUUCAUUAACAGUCUGGAGAAGGCAAAGUGGACCAAAGUCCCCUUGCAACCGUGGCUCCCAGCUUUCUUCCGAGGGACCCUGCAGAUAUCUGGCACUCCACGAGACACGUUCGUGCGGCUCGACGAAUUUGAGAAAGGUGUUGUUUUUGUCAACGGCAAAAACCUAGGCAGAUACUGGAUUCUGGGACCCCAGAAAACACUAUACCUACCUGCCCCAUGGCUCAAGGAGGGAGACAAUAAGAUUGUGCUGUUUGAAGAAUCCAAAGGUGGCGGUGCCAUCUCAUUUGUGAAUGAACCAGAGUUGGGAAAACCAGUAGACACUUAAAGUUUACUUGGCGUUUACCGUACAUAAGUCUGAAUUCCAAGGCUUGACUGAAGAAAAGUGUAGGAGUUGUUGGCAAGGUUAAUUGCCAUGGUAUAUGCUGUUGUGGAAGGUGCAGUUUCAAGUCUAUGCACAUUCUGGGUAGAACCAUCCAGUUGGACGUUUAAUCUCAUUUGCAAAUAUGUCCAUUCUCUACUGAGGAAGAUUUUCUCAAAUAAACGCGAUUAAUGUAAAAUUUGGCACGCCUUUGGCAAAUAAAGGGCGCAUAAUUGAUUCAUGAAUCAAUUAUGAUUGACCUCAUAAUUGAUUCAUCAUAUAUUUCACGGCACAGAACGUUAACCUGAUGAUGUUCACCGGUGUUUGCUAAUGAGCCUUUUUUUGGAAUGUGAUGUUUUAACCCGUGGAUUUUGUUACAACUCGCUGGGAAUGAAAGUUACAGACGAGGCUAACUUCGACUGCCAGUUGAGGACACUUGCACUGGCACAAAACACGAAAACAAAGUUGUACCAAGUGCUCGUUUUCGGCCAUACACAGAGCGCCACGGAGUAACACCGCGAACUUUGCAGAUUAAGCACUUGUGUUGAUGCUUCAAACCAGAUUUGGUAGAAGGCUUCAUAACGAAAUGAACGACAAUACUGCGUAAUUCAUUAUGGCCACGUCGGUAAACAUUUACAAGAUCCAUUUAUGCUGCAGUUUUACAGCACUGCUUUUGUUACUAAAUCGAGACAGUAGAUGUCACCACUGUAUUGGAUACAUUCCCGUUAUAGACGUUGAUGCAGGAGACUAGGAUUUAUGCUCACGAUAACUUCAGUAUGAGUUUUGAUUUGACCUCUUAAACAUGCGUUUAUUUUUGGGUUUUUAAUUACUUAGAAAGUUUAAAUGAUUUUUGUUGUGGAUUUUUUGUAGUGUUUAUCGUGAUAAUAAUAUGGAGACAGGCAUUAUGCACUGUAGCAUUUAUUCAAAUGAGUGGACUUUUAGUGUUUAAAUGUCUACAGUUUGUAUUUUUCAUUUUAAAUGGGUGUUGGUUGGAUACUUUUUUUUGUUACUGAAACUUAAUUCUUAUUAUUAGUAAUUAAUAUUUUUUUAUUGCACAUUGCUGUGGCAUUAGUAAAAUUUACGGGGUUUUUUUUUGCACUUGGUUGUGUAAAUACACUCUUAAGACUAAAUGCACAUAUUGUCAAACAUGUUUAUUAUUAAAAAUGUAAUCACCAAA